AAUAUCUUUAGAGAAUCUAAUAAUUUAAAAAUAUUAAAUAUGCAGAUAAUGUUAAUAAUAAGUUCACUUUUUACCAUCAUAUUUGGCAUACACCGGGUACUCGGUUCACUCGGGCAAAGUUGUCCACCCAUUCAAUCGAUGGGUAACAUGAAUGGAGAGUCUUUAAUGGGUCUGUGGUAUGAAUUGGAGAGAUUCUCCGAUGUUUACGAAGCGCUAUUCAAAUGCCAAACCGCUAACUACACAAUGAUGGCCAACGGGACCAUCGAUAUUGUUAAUACUGGCUAUACCUAUAUCGGUGAGUAUCCAGUGGUAUAUCAGGGUUACGGAACGCCGCAAUCAAACAAUACCAGUAACGUGUCGGUCGUUUUUCCCAAAUUUAAGCCCAUGAAUGCGGACAUUUUGGUUGUGGCCACAGAUUAUACCUCAUAUGCGGUGAUGUAUUCGUGCUCUGAUUUGUACUUCAAUGUGAAACAAGAAAACGCGUGGAUUUACGGUCGAAACAAAACUAUAUCAUCGAUUAAUAACCAAACAAUGACACAAUUAAUGCAAAAUUUAACUUCAAUGGGAAUCUCGGUAAACAACUUUGACUUAACAAAACAGGAUUGUGAUAAUUGAGACUAUUGUAUUAAAUCCUUAUUAUAAACAUGGUUUAAUUUUGUAAAUCAAAAUUUGCACUUUAUAUAAAACCACUAUUUAGUAUUGUAUUUGCUAUGAAAUAAACUAUAUUUCUAAU